AAUCUAGGGCAAAAACAGCAGCAUCCUCUGGAAGCACACACACACUGUGUGCAGAUCUCACUCACGGUUGUUCUUCGAUCUGCAAAAAUGGCGUUAGCGUUCGAUGAAUACGGGCGGCCGUUCAUAAUACUUCGGGAACAAGAAAGCAAGAGCAGGUUAAGAGGUAUAGAUGCUCAGAAAGCCAACAUUUCCGCCGGCGUUGCUGUUUCUCGCAUCCUCCGUACAUCUCUCGGUCCUAAAGGCAUGGAUAAGAUGCUCCAGAGCCCCGACGGCGACAUCACCAUCACAAACGAUGGCGCAACAAUCUUGGAACAAAUGGAUGUCGACAAUCAAAUUGGGAAACUUAUGGUUGAACUGUCACGUAGUCAAGAUUAUGAAAUCGGUGAUGGAACAACUGGUGUAGUUGUUCUGGCCGGUGCACUUUUAGAACAAGCUGAGAAGCUUCUAGAACGUGGAAUUCAUCCCAUUCGAGUUGCAGAAGGAUUUGAAAUUUCUUCAAAGAUGGCUGUUGACCAUUUGGAAAAGAUAUCACAUAAAUUUGAUUUCAGUGCUACCAAUAUCGAACCGUUGGUCCAAACUUGCAUGACCACCUUAUCCUCCAAAAUUGUGAAUCGAUGCAAGCGUAGUUUGGCGGAGAUUGCGGUAAAAGGUGUGAUGGCUGUUGCGGAUUUAGAGAGAAAAGAUGUUAACCUAGAUUUGAUCAAAGUGGAGGGAAAGGUUGGUGGGAAAUUAGAGGAUACGGAACUUGUAUACGGAAUCAUUGUUGAUAAAGAUAUGAGUCACCCACAAAUGCCAAAACAAAUUGAAGAUGCAAAAAUUGCGAUUUUGACCUGCCCGUUUGAGCCACCGAAGCCUAAGACCAAACAUAAGGUUGACAUUGAUACGGUCGAAAAGUUUCAAACUUUGAGGAAGCAAGAACAGCAGUACUUUGAUGACAUGGUUCAGCAAUGCAAGGAUGUAGGGGCCACACUGGUAAUUUGUCAAUGGGGCUUCGAUGACGAAGCAAAUCACUUGUUAAUGCACAGGAAUUUGCCAGCUGUCAGAUGGGUUGGCGGUGUAGAACUGGAGCUAAUAGCAAUCGCUACUGGCGGUAGAAUUGUUCCCAGGUUCCAGGAACUAACAACUGAAAAACUAGGAAAGGCUGGUUUGGUUAGAGAAAAGGCAUUUGGUACCACAAAAGAUCGAAUGCUUUAUAUUGAGCAUUGUGCAAACUCAAAGGCUGUAACCGUUUUCAUCCGUGGAGGUAACAAGAUGAUGAUCGAGGAGACAAAACGCAGCAUCCAUGAUGCAUUAUGUGUUGCUAGAAAUCUUAUUCGUAAUAACUCGAUUGUAUAUGGUGGCGGAGCUGCAGAAAUUUCAUGCUCAAUUGCAGUUGAAGCUGCCGCUGAUAAAUAUCCAGGUGUUGAACAGUAUGCCAUCAGGGCGUUUGCAGAUGCAUUGGACUCCGUACCCAUGGCUCUUGCAGAGAAUAGCGGUCUGCAACCCAUCGAAACAGUAUCCGCAGUUAAAGCACAGCAAAUUAAGGAAAACAAUCAUUGCUGUGGCAUUGACUGCAACGAUACUGGUACGAAUGAUAUGCGUGAGCAAAACGUAUUUGAAACCUUGAUUGGCAAGCAACAGCAGAUCUUGCUUGCCACACAAGUCGUGAAAAUGAUUUUGAAGAUCGAUGAUGUCAUCUCUCCAACAGAAUACUGAGUUUGUGGUUCCUACUGACUUUCAAGUUUUGGUCAAACGUAGAACAUUGCGACUAGUUAUUUGUCGGAAAACCUAGCGUUGUUUGGUACUCUGUUUAUGUGACUUGCUGUCAUUUGUUUGGUGUUGGUGUUUGUUUUAUUUUGAGAACACUACGAUCUUACUCUUUAUGUUUACGGUUCUUGAGCGUUUUCUCAAGUGAUCACGUGCUUUUAACA